AACUACAAUUAAUAAAGUUGACGCCAAUCAUUCGAUCAGUGGUCUGAUAGAUCGUCUGACUUUUAUGAUACUGUGUGAAUUAUCAUAUUUCGGUGUACAUUUAUCAAUCAUUUUUCUUUACCAAAACAAUAAAGUAGGAUGAAAAACAAAUUUUAAAAUUAUAUAAAAUAUUCAUCUCUUUUCUUUCUCUUGUAUGAGAAUUAGAUACACGAAAAUGGGAAUCGCAGUGAAUUGAAGUAUUCUCUCUCUCUCUCUCUCUCUCUCUCUCCGUUCGCAUCAAUGGCUGCUUUAAACUCCUUCCUGUUAAGCGCCACAAAAAGAGAAGAAAAUUGGAAUUGGGUUUUGGUUUUUGAAAACAGGGCUUCCAUAAAUGUAAGGGCUUUGGGGACUAUCAAAGCAUCGAGAGUAAGAGGACACUCCCUCCUCGCCCAAACUCAUCGCCCUUUUCAUCUCCCAAUUCAAUUUCGCAGAGCCAUCUCUCGUAUUAGUGCAACGAAUGAUGAAGAGGCUUCUGCAAGAGAAGCUGCAGCCACUGCUGAUACUGGAGCUCCAACCAUUUUUGAUAAGAUCAUUGCUAAGGAGAUCCCUUCCACUAUAGUUUAUGAGGAUGACAAGGUCUUGGCUUUUCGGGAUAUCAACCCAGAAGCUCCUGUUCAUGUUUUGGUCAUUCCAAAGUUCAGGGAUGGAUUAACACAGCUUGGGAAGGCUGAAGCAAGACACUGGGACAUUUUGGGUGAACUUCUCUAUGCUGCAAAAAUAGUGGCAGAGAAAGAAGGGAUUCUUGAUGGAUUUCGUGUUGUUAUCAACAGUGGUCCGGCUGCAUGUCAAUCAGUUUACCAUCUCCAUCUGCAUUUGCUUGGCGGGAGACAGAUGAAAUGGCCGCCUGGUUAGAUCGGCUUCAGAUGCCUUGGAUUUUUUUUUUGUUUUUUGUUGUUGUUGAUGGAAGGACAGGUUGAGUUCAUUGUGAAUUGACCCAAUGACGGUUUUUUGUUUUGGAAAACCAAUUUUGGCCCUUUUGAGUUGUCACUCCAAAUCCUGGCACUUCUCUUUUCAUAUAUAUUCUAAGCUAGCAUGAAGUCAAUACCCACCCCCAAUUUGUCAGAUGUAAUUUUGGUAUGGGAAUAGUUUAUAUCUGACUUCUUUAGUUUGCUACC